UGUCAUGUAGGUGUCAGGCGGUCACCGUCGGGUAAGAAAGAAACUGUUCGGGUUUAUUUAGAAAUUUCACCGGGUGCCGGGGAGGCUAAAUGCUCGUCGGGUAGGCCAAAAAUUUCCGUCGGGUCGGGUUUCGCCGAGUCUAUUACAAAGGGGUGUAAACGUGAACACAUUUUAGUCUAUGAGUGAAUUUUGAAUGUAGACUGAAAGACUCUCUGUGACGGAGAACGAGGCGGAACAAUUUUAUACAAAUUUCCUAUGUUCACUGUAGUUCUACCCCCUGGACCCCUAGAGGGUUUUAGUAUUAUACAGAAAACAUGAACUUGGGCUCCCGAGGAUACUGGUUCUCUACCCUCGCCUAUAGUUUUCUCACCAGCGCUCGUUUCCGGCUGGUUCCGCUUGGGCGCGUCGCCCCCUGGGCCGCGUCGCCCUGGGCCUAAGAGUGGCUACGGCGGAAUCGUACAUAAACAAAACAGCAACAAGCAAAUUAUAGCACAAAUUCUUUAUUAGAGUUCCUUUGUAAGCAUUAGCUAUGGAUUUACCGAAAGACAACAGUAGCUACAAAGACAAGGAGUACUGGAAUAAUCGCUUUGCUAAGGAAGAUACUUUUGAAUGGUGUAAAAGCUACAAGGAAUUUCGCCAUCUUCUUCGUGGCCAUGUGCGCACAUGUGAUCGCGUUCUAAUACUAGGCUGCGGAAAUAGCGGCCUAAGUGAGGAUAUGUAUAACGAAGGCUAUACCGAUAUAACUAAUAUCGACUACUCUCCGAUUGUUAUUGAAAAUAUGAAGCGAAAAUGUCACGCUAUGCGGGGCAUGGAAUGGAAGGUUAUGGAUAUUACCAAAUUGGAUUUUCCACCGAAUUCGUUUGAUGUUGUGAUAGAGAAAGCGACUUUAGAUGCUCUUUUGGUCGCCGAAAAAGACCCUUGGAAUCCCUCGGUAGAAGCACUGAAAACCAUGGAGUGUGUUUUAUCAAAGGUUUCAGAGAUUCUAGAACCUGGAGGCCACUUCAUGUCUAUCACAUUCUCCCAGCCCAAUUUCCGUCUCCCUUUCUUGGCAAGAUCUUGUUACAAUUGGUCUAUUUCUGUACAGACAUAUGGAGAGAGUUUUCACUUCUUUUUCUUCCUAAUGGAGAAAGGAAAGCAACUCAGUGAAAAACAUAAAGAAGUAGAAACUGUAUUUGACAAUCGAUUAAAUGGAAGUAACAGACUAGGUCAGAGUAGUUUUGGGUUUUGUGUUGAGGAAGAUACAGAAGAUUUUCUGUUUAACAUAUGCUUAGAAAAUGAUGAUAAUGCUGAGAUUUGAUAAUGUACUUUUUUAUUUAUGAUUUAAGGCUAGAAGUAAACCCUAUUAUAGGUGAGACAGGAGCAAAUCCUUGUAAAAAGUACUUUGUUCUGUGUGUGGCUACAAGUUUUUGGUGUUUGCUUCUGUCUCCCUCUAAAAUUGGCUGCAAAGGUGGCACCUGUAACCUUCUCAACACUCACCCAAAGUAGGCCUUAUUUAAGAAUCAUCCUCACACACAAUAUUUUCAAACAUUUAAUAAAAGGAAAUUAUCGUUAGGGGCUUGGCUGUGCCCCAGAUAUUUUCUUAAUAUUUCUGUAUCAUGGCAUAUUGGCCUUUCAACUGCACGCGCGGUUCUCCGACAUGAGCAGAUUUAGGUUAAAAAUUAUUUAAGAUGGUUAAUUAUUCGUUUUACUUGUUGUUGAGAUUCUCGAGAUAUAACGGGUGAUAAUUUGGGAGGGCAGCUUCAAAAUAACACGUUCAACAUUCAACAUCACAUAUGCGCUGUAUGUUGACAUGGAAACUUCAAACAAAGAAUGUUGUCGCGUGCAA